AUUUAUAUCUCCUUGACAUAUCUUGUAGUGGUGUCAUGUGCGCGAGAGAACAUUACAACUACUGAUAACAGCUGCUGUUCGUUUUUCAGUAGCCCGUCCGUUGUGAUUUGAGUCACAUCUCGUAUGUGUUAGGCUUUGCGUGAUCACGUGUUUCGCGUUCCCUUUGUGAUUCUUCGAUUUGUGACCUGAAGGAUUCCAGAUGUGACUUUUUUCGUUUUUUGAAUAGCCCGUCCAUUGUGAUUGAGUGACAGCGCGUUUUCUUUGUCAUACCAGUCUAGUGAUCUGGGUGGUUCUCGAUGUGACUUAUUUGGUUUAGUGUAUGAUCGAGUGCUUAUGACGUCUUUGUUGUGUUAGUGACAAAUGAUGGAUGUCACUAUAUCUUUUUUUCGCUCUGGGACGUCUGAUUUGAGCAAAAAAGUUCAGACCGGCAUCCAACAUGCAGUAGGUGGGCUCGCCUCGAAACCUGAACGUGAUCUGCUCAUGCAGGAUUUCAUGACGGUCGAAACGACGAAUUUUCCCAGCGAAGGGUCAAAUCACACGCCGGCGCAUCAUUUUUCAGAGUUCAAGUUCAAAAAUUACGCGCCCAUCGCAUUUAGAUAUUUUAGAGAUCUGUUCGGUAUACAACCUGACGAUUUUCUGGUAUCCAUGUGUAACUCUGGCCUUAGGGAGCUGUCGAAUCCUGGUGCUAGUGGUUCUAUAUUCUAUGUAACUACCGAUGAUGAAUUUAUUAUUAAGACUGUACAGCAUAAAGAAGGGGAGUUCUUACAAAAAUUAUUGCCAGGUUAUUAUAUGAACUUGAACCAAAAUCCUAGGACGUUACUUCCAAAGUUCUUCGGACUGUAUUGUUAUCAAUGUAAUAGUAAAAAUGUAAGACUGGUUGUUAUGAAUAAUUUAUUACCUAGUAGCGUGAAAAUGCACCAAAAGUAUGAUCUUAAAGGAAGUACAUAUAAAAGAAAGGCCUCGAAAGCAGAGCGACAGAAAAACUCACCGACAUUUAAAGAUCUAGAUUUUAUAGAGGAUCAUCCAGAAGGUGUCUUUAUGGAGGCCGAUACUUACAAUGCACUAGUUAAAACGAUUCAAAGAGACUGUAGAGUAUUAGAAAGCUUUAAAAUUAUGGAUUAUAGUUUAUUGUUAGCUAUUCAUAAUUUGGAUCAAGCUCAAAGGGAAAAAAUGGAGAAGAAAUCUCAGAGUGACCUGACCGCCCAUGCGACCGGUGGGGCGGGCGGGGAUAGCGGUAGUGGUGGGGAGGACGUUGACCCGUCAGCGACCUUGAUCAGGGAGGAGAGGGAUAGAGAGAGGGAUGACAGAGUGGGAGCGGCGGCGUUGAACAGGAGCAGGUCGAUCAACAGGCAACGACUCGUGGCGCACUCUACGGCACUGGAGAGCAUUCAAGCGGAGUCUGAACCGAUUGAUGAGGAUGACGAUACGCCCCCUGGUGGAAUCCCAGCAAGAAACGCAAAAGGAGAAAGGCUGUUGUUAUUUAUUGGAAUCAUAGAUAUUCUCCAAAGUUAUAGGUUAAGGAAAAAGUUAGAACAUACGUGGAAAUCCAUGAUUCACGACGGUGAUACAGUAUCUGUACAUAGGCCCAGUUUUUACGCUCAGAGAUUUCUCAAAUUCAUGUCGCAAACGGUAUUCAAGAAAAUUCCAUCACUGGACUUGCCUGAAAUAAAGGGCAACCAUCGCAAGUUUCGCACCCUGGUAUCCAGCUAUAUAGCUUUGAAACAUUCCCCAUCAAAGCGAAAAUCGUUAUCGAAACCUCUGGGCCGACAUGAUGAGUUGAACGAACAAGAUACUACUGUGCAGGCGCAGCUAAAUUCUAGUCAGCAAAACGGCAGCAAAACUGCAAGUCCCGUCGACGCCGUUCCUCCCACCGUGGCUAGAGCCCCUCCCACAUCCACUCAAGCCCCUCCUACUACGACGCCCCUCACGUCCCCACCAGCCGCCGCGUAUCCCGCCGUGCUAGUCGGACGCACGACAUCCGGUGGCGUUGCAGGCGGCGCGGCAGAUGGCAAAGGGAAGGUGCCACCUCCGGUGCCACCUCGCGGUACGCCCAGACCGAAGAGAGAGGAGCAGAAAGGCCACCACCAACACCAAUCUGCACAGCUGCCGCAGACGCCCAGUUGCUGCAGCACUCCACCCCCCACCUACUACGAGGGCGUGGAAGGAGGAGUAGGAGGGGUUGAACGGCAUGCCGCGCAUUCUUCGGCCACCCAAUCAUCGUCGAGAAGCGGCAGUGGGAGUGGCAGGCACCACCAUAAUCAUCAGUCGACGGCGUCGUCAUCGUCAGCUGCUACGUCAUCGGGUGGUAGUGGGGGGCAUGUGUCGACGACUAUGUCACAUCAGCAUGUCACGGUGGUGAGGGGGUACAAGGAAGAUGCGGUCAGCAUAACGGACAUCAAACUGCUGGAAUCCCGCUCGGGCGAGAACAAAUCUUCUCUCUCCGUGGAAUCAGGGGGCAGCAGCAGUGGGGGCGGCGGCGGAGGAGGGCACAGUUCCUCCAGCCAUUCAACGAGAGGCGGUUUAGCGUGGACGCCGCCAGCGUCCGUAGAGGGCAGCACGCCGACAUGGACGGAGGGCACGCCGUCGUUCACGGAGUCGUCUAGUAGCGGGGAUAUGGGAUGUCCGACGACACCGCUACGCCCCAGUGGGGCCUCACAGGUGGCUGCACAGAAAGCGCACCAUAAGAAGACCGUCGAACAUGCCAUCAACUGCCUGACUACGGAAAUGGAACAACUGAAGAGCCGCGUUGAAACGGAUUAUCAAUGAUGAGUAAGAGCGAAUUCCUAUUGGCUGAACGUUGAAUGUGAUAGUGUAAUAGCACACUGAUGAUUCUAAAUAUACGGAAAGAAACACCCGUAGCUUGGCAUUCUACCAUCUUAUUUGUUACUGGCUUUCAAGCUUGAGGUUAAAGUGGGGAUUAUCAAUGAUUUGUGGCAAUUUCUCUGUUUAGAUUAGACUAGUGUACUUAUAUAUCUUGCUUCCCUUGUUAUAGACACGGAAAUUUUUGUCAAUGUUUUUACACCGGGCAAUCUCAUUUUUUAAUGCGUGAUUAAAUUAUCUUUUAUGUGAAGUUUGCAGUUAUUUUUCGUUUCUAGUUAUUUGAAAAGUGAUCAAGUGAAUAGUCUGAAGAGUUUAAAAUCGCUUUGAAUUUUGUGAUAGAAAACUAAAUUGGACUUUAACCACAUUUCAUUGCCAUCGGAUCGAGUUUCAUUAAACUACAAAAUAUCACAUUUAGAUUAAAAAGACUCAGCAUACAAACUCUGAAUAUGCAGUAAUCUCAAAAAGAGCUUGUCUGUACAGAAUUUUAUCUUGCAGUGAUAGGAAAGCAAAUAGAAAGCGAAAAUAACCGUUUGUAGUCUCUAAAUAAAUGAAAUAUUUACUUUUCAUGUUCUUUAUGUGAUUAUUAGUUUUGGUGCUACAAUGUUGGCGACACCUUGAGUAUAGACCUAGUUUAUCGAAAUACUAUGCUUGCUGAAAGCGUCAGUGGAUAACGGUCCCUCUUAGCGAGACAAUCAAAGGAUAAGUACAUAUCGACAACGACGCAAUGCGUGAACUGGUGCAGUAGCUGUGGCGGUCACAUCAUUCCGAUGAAUUGACCCAACGACUAUAAAAAAUCUAGAAUAAACAUUAAAUAUGGGACGAAAUUACCCUAUUUAGCCCCAGUUCCAGCCUUUGAGUAAUAGUAGCUGAAUUAAGGGGUGUUCACCCCGGCGACUCAGCUGCAUCAGUGCUUGAUCGGAUUGAAGAGCAGUGGGGGCUUUGGCGGCACCUAGACGAUCUCGAUUCGCCCAGGAAUGAGUCAUGACAUCCCCUCCUGGAUCAGAUUCGAUUUGGCAUUGGAUAGAGCGGGGCCAAAUCGUUCCUUUUGGUGUUUCGAGCCCAUGGUUUCGAUUCCGAUCUCGGGACUGAUUCCUUCUAUUCGUUCACGAUUCCUUUUAAUUCCAAUUCGCUAAUUCCAAAACGUACCAUCGUUGGUGACGAGCGAUACAAAGGAACAAACGAAAAUUCAUGGGGUUGAUUUUCAACGAAGGGCUUGAAAGGCAAAAGCUUCUGUUAGGAUUCGGAUUUUGCUUUUAAUUUUAAAGAUUCCAAAUGGGUACACUUACCCGUUGGACGGUUACGGAGUUUGUAGUAUGAAACAGGUUAGAAGGGGUGUUGAGAGGCAGUAACUGAUAGUCCCCCGUACGUAAUUUGGCGAUUUGACUUUUUUUUAAUAGAAGUUGUUUGAAAAUUUUAAAUUACUUACAUACGAUUUUUAGUUGGCAAUCAGUGGUUUAGACUUGAAUUUGAAACAUUGAGAGACUUGUCGUUCAUUUUUGGGGGUAACACUCAGUUCAAUGGCGGAAGGGUAAGUUACAGCUACUGCUCAUGUUAGAGACGGUUUCGCUCUCUGAAAUGCUUUACAGUUUGUUUUCUUCUAUAUCGCUAAACCCUUUUUAAUCUAUUCUUUAAUCUUGUUUAAUGUUAUUUUUGCUCUCUCGGUUGCAUCUUUCAUGAUAAAUUCAGCACCAAAAUUACAAUUCAACCGUCCAUACUCCAAACUACAGACCACAAUAAUUAAUUCAUAGAUCGUUACUUGUUUGGAAUCAUUGGAAUGAGAAGUGCGAGGAUCCGUGUUGAGGUAGCGGCGAUACUCAAAUCAGAACGAUAUCAAUCUACCACAACUGUACGGCAUUCAUCUUGCGCGAUGCUUAAAUGUCAGGAUUGAGGGAAUUGAGGCAAAACUGCAAAAUCGUAACAUCUGUUUUGCAAGUGAAGUAAGACAUACAGACAUGAGGCUGUCAAAUUUUAUGUCUGACUCGCUUGUGAAAGAAAUAUCGUUACUUUUAAACUGAGAUUAGGUAAAACAUAAGUGCAAUAAAAUGAAGUGAAAUGAGCUUAUCUAAGAUUCUGUGUAAAUAGAACGGGACUAAUUGUCACAUAGAGGGAUGUAGACAGGAUAUAAAACAACAACAUAGAUAGUAGAUAGAUGGUAGGUAAUAAAUAUGAUAAUAAACUGGGUAUAUAUCACAUUUUUAGUUCGCCUGAAUAGUGUAGGAAACAAUCUCACUUCCAUGUGAUAAAUAUUAUUAUCUCAAAUAAAGUUUGUUUGAAGAUUUGUGAAAAAUUUGUUCACAUAUUUGACAAGAUAAUUACGAUUUUCAUCAACAUUGAAUUCGUUUUUUCGUCUGGAAUAAACGUCCCACUUGAACUUCAACUGAGGUCAGUUACAACAAAUCGAGUAUUUUUGUAAUAUAAUGUAUUUUUGUAAAUUGUUUUAAUUGGUUUUGUAAUUGACUUGGUUUUUAUAACUAACAAUAAUAAUUUUGUGUGGUUUUGAAAAUACAUAAUACACUCAUUACUGAAACAUGAACUAAGCUGUCCAGUCACAUCCAUAAUACCCCUAAACAUUUAUUCGUAAUAAAUUUGCCAAAAAACUUAUACUAUUGCGCCACUUUUCUAUUAAUGAAAGAAAUGAUUUGAUUUAUCUAUUAGUGUGGGAGCAAAUAAUAUAUACAGGGUGCGGCAGAGAGGAUGUACGGUUUUAAAAAAUCAUAAAAUAGUUAUUUUUACUCGAAAACAAAUUUAUUGAUGGAAUCAGGUUCACAAUUAAAUAGCAUUUGAGACAGUCAAGUGUGGAAAAUCACAUCAGGCAUGUGGUGGCCGAAAUCGUUGAUGCAGUGCUGGAGGCGUUCUUGGAAGUUCGCGUAGACUCUCUCCAUCAUCGCUCUCUCAACUUGGGCGACUUCCACGCGAAUUUCGCCCUUCAAUUCGUCCACAGUUCGGGGCUUGUUCGCGUAUACUCUAGCCUUGAGGUGUCCCCAUAAGAAAAAAUCGCAUAUGGAUAAAUCUGGGGACCGAGGAGGCCAAUGAACAUCGCCAAACCUGUAAAUAAGGCGACCAUGGAAGAGAGGGCGAAUAAUGUCCAUGGAUGCUCGGGCUGUGUGGGUGGUCCCCCCAUUCUGCUGGAACCACGCACGUCGGAUUGGAACACGUCGCCGUCGUAAUUCAGGGAGAAAGAAGUUGUUGAUCAUGUCGAUGUAGCGCUCCGAGUUCACGGUAACAUCACGACCAUUACCGUUUUCGAAGAAGUAAGUUUGCGAUACAGCGCACCAAACCGUUACUUUUGGCUUUCGUGUAACUGUUGCGGAUUUUCAUUAGCCCAAUAACGACAAUUCUGCUGGUUAACCAUGUUGUUUAGGUGAAAGUGGGCUUCGUCACUCAUAAACAAAAUGAGGUUCUCAUUCGUUGUGCAUAAUCACCGGGCUGUAACUGUUGCAAAAUGACCAAUUUGUAGGGGUGAAAGCGGAGAUCCAUAUGCAAAAUUCGCCUUACCGAACGAUCACUAAGGCGAAGUGCAGCAGCAUGUUCCCGGGCAGAUCGAGUCGGACUGCGAAGAAAGACCUGUCGAACGCGUCCAACAUUUUCAGGAGUUCGAACUGUUCGCGGCGCUCCUCUUGGUCUUCUGUUGAUCAGUUAACCACACCUGCGAAGUGAUUCAACCCAACGAAGGAUGGUGUUUCGAGAGGGAACAGCUCUAUUCCGAUGAAUGUUGAAGUGGCGACGAAACUCACGCUGUACGACGAUGACUGACUCAUUAUUUCGGACGAAACAAUCAUAGGCGAAAACGCGGUGCUCCACCGUCCAAGGCUCCAUAACGACAACUGGUAAAAUAAUGCUAGGAUCUCACGAGUCAAACGGCACCCUCCCCACCUCUCUCGUAGACGGAGGCGGAGAGUACUACCCAUCCCAAAAACGUCCGUCCUCUCUGCCGCACCCUGUAUAUAUAUAUAUAGGUGAAAAAUUAAAGCUUCCGCCUUUUGUUGGGUACAUACGUAAACAACAAUUAGCAACAUCCUCACAUACUACUGUAAGUUGAGUCAAUUUAAAUUCAUUUUACACUUUUGUUGCUACUGUUAUCAUUGUAAUUGCAGCUCCUGAUGAUGAUGGCAAAGUCCAUUGAAAGCUAGAGAGAAUUAAGAAAAGUAUAAAGAGUCCCUCUUUGCUUAAAUUUUGUCGAAGUACCCAAAAAAAGGCGGAAGCUUUAAUUUUUCACCUAACUGGUCUAGACGACAAUGACCACGUCUGAAGUCAUAUAUAUAUAUAUAUAUAUAUUUCAAACAAAACCGCUUUUAUGAAUUUAGAUUUUAUCCCCUGAUUUUAUUCCCCAUUAUGUUUAAAAACAAAAUGUGUAUUUCAUUCACAGAUAAUUACAUACACGAAUACUUUCCACACAUUUGCUAUUCAUACAGCUUGACUUUCUACCUUCAGUGAACAUGUUUCAUAUUGCAGAUGCUAACACUCUUUUCUCUUGCUUUACUUCUAACUCAAACUGAAUGACUGUGAAACUAAUUCAAAUCAUAAUUAUUGUUCUAGCGCAUUGAAACAAAAUCCAUGUAUGUCAAGUGGAGCAAUUGGUAGGAUAAAAACCAAGUUAAGCAUCUUUUUUUGUAUAGUAUUGAUGAAUUGACUUGUAUGAACAUCAUAUUCUCUCAUUUUCAAAGAAGCGAUGUUUGAAAACAGUUUCUAAAUUAGCAGCACACUCUGAAAUAUCAGUUUCUCAUAUACUUAUAGACGGAGUAUUAAAAUUAUCUGAUACACACUACAAACAAACAAAAAAGGGAAUUAGUCUUUUGAGGAAACUAUAUUUACUAACUAUAUUAACUAUAUAUCCAAGAAUGAGGUAUACCACGACAGGACACAGUGCGAAAUACCUUUGAAGUUUCAUUGACCUUUUCGCUUUAAAUUGGUUUGCCACUCCAUUAAUGGUUGCUUAUUGUACGAUAAAAACAGAGCCAUUUAUGAGCAAGCGGCCACCGAGGGCAUAGAAGCGCAGCACAAGUGUAUGCAGUGUUGCCAAAUUGCUGGAAAAUGUUUAGAAACUGCUAUAUUUAUAAUGAUUUGAAUGAAUUUGAUAAAUACGCAUGUUAUAUUGUAUAUGAAAUGAUGUCUUUUGUGAUUGCUCUGAUUAAUACAUUUGCAUAUUUAUAAACGUAUAUAUUUCAAAUGAGAUAUAUUUGGUAGUUUGUAAAUUGAAGCCUAAACGAAAGUGAAUUCAAACAAAAAAUGCUUAUCUUUCAUUUGCUUCUUUUAAAUUGUUGGCCAAUCUAUCUGUCUACAAUUUUAUUCACUUUCUCCGGCUUCCCCUUGUAUGCCUCAUUACAUUUACCGGGGAUUUCAAGAUCGACCCUCACCAUUGGAAGCAAAGUUGCGUAUUUAGGUAACUAAUAAAAUGCCGCUUAGAGUUUCGAAAUUUAAAGUACCCCCGAAGAGAGACGGAAAAAACAGAAUUUUCGCAAAAUCGUUUUAUAUUUUUCCUGACUUUAUUUGUUCAAAAAUCCAAUAUGGAGUCCAUAAUAAAAAACGACAUAUUGAAAUUCUGAUUAUGCCUCUUGUACAUGAGAAAAAGUGACAAUGUUAAUGUGCAAUUUAUUUUGAAAUCACAACACAAAUAAAGUCAGGAAAAAAUUGAAACGAUUUUGGGAAAGUUCUGUUUUUCUGUCUCUCUUCUUAAGUACUUUGAAGCUUUCUAAGCGGCAUUUUGUUAGUUACCUAAAUACGCAACUUUGCCCCCAUUUAAGCGACUUCGUAUCUCUUACCGUUUCCGCGAUCCCAAUGGUGAGAGUCGAAUUUGAAACAUCCGGUAUAGAGACAGCACAAAAUAAUAAGGUAAUUUAAAUUAAUCAUAUCUCCAAUGAAACAAGUAAAAAUCGUGAAUUGAUUAGAAUCCAUUCAAUGGUAGAUUGAAGAGACACCUGCCACUUAUGCCAGCAUGAUUAACAACCCUUAGGAUAAACUGUACCAUUAUGUCAAGUGUAAAACAACUUUAAGUAAAUUAUAUGCGAUGCAGGAACAUACUCGUAUAUGAUAUUGUUAGGACAGUAAGAGUAGUAAUGCUACAAAGUACAGAUAAUACUUUCGAUGACCCUUUGUCACUUGAAGGAAUGGACACUGCGGUGGUUGUCAGGUAUUUUUAACAGAUAAUGUUCUAUUUUUGACAGAAAACAUUCUAUUGUUGAAUUUAUAUUGCAAGCAAAUCUCAAUCUCAGUAGGUAUAUGCAGACAUGAGAAAUUUCAGCGUUUGUUGCUAAAAUAUACAACAGGACAAUACGAAACUAUGUAAAUCAGUAUUAAUUUUAACUUAAUUUUUCGAAAAAUGUGCCUGUUGUCGAUAUUAUAUAAAUAUAUAAACCUUGUAUACAUUCCAAGUAGUAGUCCUAUGAAUAUCGCUUGAACUUUUGAGAUAGAAUAGGAAUGAUGUAUAUUGAUGUAAAGAAAUAUCAGCACUAUAUUUUACUCAUUGACGCAUUUCAAUACAUCCAUAUACACUGUUGGCAAACAUUAUUUUGCGUGUCUUCAUCCAUUGCGAAGGUGUUGUAGAUUUGUAGACUCGAGAAUAGAGAACGUAUGGACAGAUUUUUUUGUGACUGCUUUUGCUUGUACACAAUAGGUGGACAGAUGUUAUCAUUGCCAACAGGGUGUACAAUUCCAUCCUCUGGCUUAUGCGUUGUAGGAGUAUAUAGUAUAGAAAAUAGCCCACAUUGUUUUUUGUUUAAUAAAUUUUCUUUGACCAUUUAGAUAUAAUUCUGAUAUACCAUCAAAUACGGAGUGUAAAGUUAUAUGGAUGAAUUAAUUAAAGCAGAUGAUAGAAGACUUCAAUACCUAUCGAACUAACUUCUGUAUGUUAUCCUAAAUUCAAUAAUUACAGAGAUAUUUCCACUUUUGUGAAACUUCAGAGAUGAUAUCUCGAAGGAAUUUUCAUUAGUUGAUAGUUUUAAAAUCUCCAAAUUUCUUCCAAAAUCACUCAACGUUUAAUUAAAAAAACCUUUCAAAAUGAUUUGCCAUUGAAUAAUAAAAUAAUUCCGUCCUAAUCGAACCUCAUCAGUCCAGUUUUUUAUUCGUCGACUAUGUGUUCCCUUCACUGUUGUUUAAAAAUAAUUUCAGCAACAAUCUCGCCGACUUACUCCAGACGAUUAAGACAUAGAUCUUCGAAAGCUUGAGAGUUUAAGUUAUAAGAGUGUACUUUUGCAAUACUUUGCCUUCUACAAAAAUAAAUUAAAGGAUACCUUCUCCUAACAGUUAAGGCAAUUAACUAUGAACACUAUAUAUACAAUUACUUGUUAAUUGGGAAAUUGGCAAAACUAUUAGGCUAAAGUUGACUCUUUUGACGAUAAAAUCAAGCUUUCGGCAUUCUCUAUGGAGCCAUCAUCAGGAUUCUGAAAACACAAUUGUGAUGCUAGCAAAGAAGACAGAAAUGUCAGACAACUUACUCGUCGGUGAGGUUGCAGCCACAAGGUGUUUCAGAAAGAACGUAGAGAAGAUCGAACUUGUGUUCAAUAUAAAAACAAAAGGGCGGGGACAUUGGGCUUGUUAAAAAACGACAGAUACCUUCGUUAAAAGUUAAGAAAAAUAAAAAUUAUAUCAAUAAACCCGAAAAAGCUAAAAAUACUGCAUGUGGAGAGAUAUUUUGUUGAAACAAUCGGAAUGCAGUCCCUAACCUUUUACUACCGCUACACGUGGAGAGGGGGAAAGGCACGGAACGGUAAAGCGUCGACAGAAGACUAGGGGUGUGCUUAACAGUGAAAUUUUAAUAUCGGUGAUCACUGCGACUGCUAUCAAAAAGUAGCUGCUACUGCAAGCUGUGAAAUUAUCACUCUUUAUAUAACAGUAACUAUCACCUAAAAUUCCGCGUAACGUAAUAAUUAAUGAAGUCCUCUGCGAAUAUGAAUAAUAAAAUAUUUGCGUUUAGCGUUACUUACUAGUCUUUACUACUCAGCCUUCAGCUUUCUGCGAUUUGACCGUUCCGAGAAUGAGUGAAUGAGUAAAAAAAUACCUUUAAAUAGUAUUUAUAAUUAGGACAUGGCUAUAUGAAGUACAUAUAUUUAAUUUGGAAAAAAAUAUAUAUGUAAUUUAAACAAUUUACAAAAUAAAAAGGUAUGAACAUCGUAACAAAAAAUCAAAGUAACAAAUAGUAAAACGUAUUUUAAAAUAUAAAAAAAAUUAUGCGUAAUAAAAAUACAACAAAAACUGCUGAAAUUAUUCUAUGUAUUCGCAUUUAAAAAAAGUAACUUGUUAACUUUUGUAGCAGAAAGUCGUGUUCUUCUGUCACUAAUUAUCAGGCUACUUCUGGAGAACAGUCGUUCACAAGGUACGCUAGUUGCGACCAUACAAAGCUGUUUUCUUGCCAAAUCCGCCAAAUUCGGAUAGAGUUGUUGAUUAUUUUUCCACCACAGCAGUGGAUCAUCCUUUCUGGAAAUGAUGGUAUCGUUACAGUACCUAUCGACCUCCAAAAUAGCCUGAGACGUAGCUGUCCCCUUAGGAAUAAGAUCGGCCAUUUUAUUGUCAAACUCUGCCCAGUAUGACAGUACAUUUUUUUCAGUACUAUUGUCGGUUUCUUUUUUUGCUUCCAACCGUGGUUGUUGUCGGCCAGUGCUUGCUUCUGCAGUUUUUACAUUAAUAAUAGCGGUCACUAAGUUAAUUACUUGUUUUUUUAUAUCUUGGGCAUGUUCUUGAUUUUCAAAUAUAUAUAAUUUGAAACGAGGGUCCAGAAACGUGCAUACACCGAUUGUUCUGCUUUUUUCCAAAUCUGGAAAACGCUGUUCUAAACCAGCAACAAGCUGAUCGGCAAAAUUUGUUGAAUUUUCGCAGUAGUUUAAAUUAAUAGCCUUUUUGGUAACGGAAUUUAGACCUCUUGCAAUUCCUAUAAUUACGCUGCCCGUUAAAUAAUUCUCACCACUAACUUCCAAAGUAGCUUCUUCGAAAGGCUUCAACAAUAUACAGAUUUCCUCGCAGAUUUUCCAUUCCGUCUCCGACAACAUAUUUAUUUUUGGUGCGUUUAAAUUAGCGACGGUACUACGAAUUGCUUCUUGGAUUUUUACAAGCCGUUGAAUCAUGUGAUAUGUUGAGUUCCAACGCGUUUCGACAUCUUGUAUUACACAUAACGGAUUGUCAUUCCCUAGUUGCCUUUGAGCCUUUAACAGUUUUUCUGUCGCUUGUGGGCUUCUUUUGAAAUGAUUCACUAUGGUUUUUACUUUCUCAAUUAUUAACGUUUCGGAUUUCAGAGCACUGCGUACAACAAGAUUUAAUUUAUGCGCAAAACAACCGAAAUGUUUCCACAUCAAUUCCUUGGUUACUGCGUUAGUAAUGUUAGAAGCGUUGUCAGUAAUGACUAUGAGUAUUUUAUCUAGCAAACUCCAUUCUUCGGCGGUGCGUUUCAUUUCAGCGGCAAUCUGUACAGCAGUAUGUUCACCUUCAAAUUUUAUACAUUUAAUUAAUUUGGAACGCAAUUUGAAAUCUUCGUCUAUAAAAUGUGCAGUUAUGCCCAUAUAAUUUGCCGUAGACGUCCAGUGAUCAGUUGUCAAGCAUAUCUUUUUUACUUGAUUCAUCUGUUCCCGUGUACUUUCAUAACAUUUAUUGUACAUUUCAUGAAGUAGAGAGUCUGAUAAAUAUUUUCGCCCUGGCAAACUGUAAUCUGGAGCCAAUGCUGCCACAAAGUUUUUGAACCCUUCAUCCUCAACUAUGGAGAAUGGUUGAUAAUCUUUAAUAAAUAAUCCCAUAAGGAGUUCAUCGUAGCGCUUUUUCAUAACGGGAGUAACUUUUUUUCUUACAAAAUUAUGUACUUUCUCUUGGUAAAGUGUGUGAACUUUAUUCGGAAUCAAACAAUUUGAAACACUAAAGCUUGUUGAUGCCUCGUCCGCUGUAGUGACCAAAACUGUCCCAUUUGACGAGGGCAUAGCCUUUCCAUUUGUUGAAUUUUUAGUUUGGGCUAAGGCUGAAUCGGUACUGGUUGCAUCUGACGGUGAAACGACUACAGUGGGAUGUUUUAACGAUAAAUGCUUUCUUAAAUUAGUUACGGAUGUUUUAAAACUUAAAUUUUGAUAACAGUAUCGACAUUUCGCCAUUUUAUUUUCAUUUUCUUCAAAGUGUAACCAGAGUUCACUACUUUUUCUCCUUUUAUUAGGAGUUGCCAUUCUUCUCAGUGCUGUAAAUUAUAUUUAAAUAAAUGCGGAUGUACCUAUACGCAGUGUAACAUUUACUUACCGGUACGACACAAACCAAAACAAACACGAAUAAAUACUUUGAAAUACCUAAUUGCGAUAACAAAAACUGUAAGUUAGGUUAGCACAUUUUAUAUCAAUCCACCCUGCAAAGCGCAGGAAUUUAUACAAAAUGAAGCAGUCAAACAGUAAACUGUGAAACUUUCUUUACCUAAUUAGCAUUUAGCAGUCGUUGAUAAGCCGUCCAGCUGAUAGAUGGCGAUCGCAUUCACAAAUCAUAAUUCAUAUUCAGAACAAUUUCGCCUUUUAUCUCGCAUCGCACUCAUCGAAGUAUUGCAGUCGCACACGUACACGGUACGCAGACAUGAGACAAGGUGUGCGACGUAUGUGCGAUACGCGCCUUCGCAGUUAAGUUAAACAGUGAUAUUUUCACUCUUUCGUGCAGAAGCGAGUAGCAGCUACCUAAAUGAUUUGUGAGUAAUAGGUGAACAGUAGCAGUGAAUGCGAUCGCAGUCACUUCUCUACAGAAGACAAGUGAUUGACGCGACGGAACGUGGAAAUGUGCACCUCCCUGUCCAACUUUGGGUAAGUAAGUAUACGAGGGACGCUCAGUAAAUCUCCACCCAAAAUUACUAAAAUGCUGGAAUAACUUGUUUUGGAAAAGAGUGUGUGGUUCAUCUGAGUGCAAGAAUGUGUGAUGUUGAUACAACCUUGAAAAGAUGGGUUAUGUGAGUGAGAAAAUGUAUUCUAAUUUUGUGAAGAUGUUGGAUCAAUUGUCCAAUUUUUAACAAGCCCAAUGUCCCCGUCCUUUUGUUUUUAUACUGAACACAAGUUCGAUCUUCUCUACGUUCUUUCUGAAACACCUUGUGGCUGCAACCUCACCGACGAGUAAGUUGUCUGACAUUUUAAAUCUGUCUUCUUUGCUAGCAUCACAAUUGUGUUUUCAGAAUCCUGAUGAUGGCUCAAAGAAUGCCGAAAGCUUGAUUUU